CGAGGCUGUGGGCGAGAUUCGUCUCGGCCGGGCGAGGGCGUCGGUCGGCUUCUCUCGCCCUCGGCUCCAACAGCGCAUCGCAUCCAUCGAUCCCAUCCAUCGAUCCCAUCCGUCGGUCGCAUCCGUAUCGUCCCUGCCGCGUGCGCAGAGACACUCUCAGGCUCGAUCCCGCAUCUCGCUUUCCAUCCGCUUCUUGGGACGAUGGACUUUUUGAAGGCCGAGCUCGAGCGAAAGCGCAAGGCUAUCGAGACCGUUCUCGACAAGAGCGCCGCCCCUACGACAGCCUCCGGAAGCAAGUACAUCAAGCGAUCCGAGCUCGAGCGGCUGCGAGAGCAAAAAUAUCUCGAGGACCAGCGAAAGCUCGAGGAAGAGCGCAACCGAAAGCGCUCCAGGGCCAACCCGGACGACGGAGAGUCACAGAUCUCGGCACAGACGGCAUCGACCGACAAGGCCAAGGGACCGGCCAACGACGACGAGGACACCCUGGAUAUCUCGGUAGAAGAUGUGAUCCGGCGUUUCCGAUCGCGCGGCCAGCCGAUUCGGCUAUUUGGCGAGUCCGACAAGGAUCGCAUCAAGCGACUCAGGGCGCUCGAGUCUGUCGAGGAGCAGACCGAAGGCCAGCGCAACGACUUCAAGAAGGCGAUCGAGCAGGCCAGCACCGGUCUCGAGCUCGAGCAUCUCAAGCGCCAGGCCGGCAUCACGGACGAGCCCGAUCGGGAGCCCGAUGAGUUUCUCGACUACGACACCACAAUUGUCAGCCCCGAGCUGCUGCAGAGCGAUCCCGAUCUGACUUACCGCCUGCUCGGCAUCUACUUCCGCAUGCUGCUCAAGGAAUGGGAAAAGUAUCUGAAGGAGCGGCCGGACGAGGUGCGGCGCACAAACGAGGGCAAACUGCAGUCGGCAACACAGGCCCAGUCCGCCGAGUACAUGAAGCCGUUCUUCAAGGGGCUGAAGAAGCGGACAGUGCCGCACGACGUCGUUGCCCAUUUGGCCGAGAUCUGCAAGCUUCUCCAGCAGCGAGAGUACCUGCAAGCCAACGACGCCUAUCUCCGCAUGUCCAUCGGCAACUCGCCAUGGCCGAUCGGAGUUACGAUGGUUGGCAUCCACGAGCGCAGUGCUCGCGAAAAGAUCUUUUCUUCCCAGGUCGCGCAUGUUCUGAACGACGAAACGCAGCGGAAGUGGAUCCAGGCGAUCAAGCGGCUGAUGACAUUUGCCCAAACCAAGUGGCCGCCAUCGGAUCUCGCAAAGCUUGUCGGCUAGAGCAAUACACAUCCGCAUUCAGACCAUGC